CUCCUCCAAUGUCACAGAAGCAGUUGAAUAUCACAAAAGCAAAGGAAACAUACAAACAAAAGUUCAAUUAAUCAGCAAGAUGGCUGGAAGAAAGCUCAGCAUCUUGCUAGUGGCCAUCUUUGUCUUACUCAUGGCCAUGGAAGGUGCCAUUGCUCAAGGCCAAGGAAAGGGUGAUGGUAAUGGUAAUGGCAAUGGCAAUGGUAAUGGUAAUGGUAAAGGUCAGGGUGAUACAAAUGGUAAGGGAAAGGGUAAGGAGCAGGACAAAGGAAAGGGCGAGGAGGAGGAGAAAGAAAAGGGUAAAGAGAAGAAGCCAAAGAAGAAGAAGGAUGAAGCCUCAGAAUAUGAGGUGUUGUCAGCUCUGCCAAGUGGACAAGAAAGAGCCUUCUGCAAAGCAAAGAACACAUGUCAGUUUAAGACCCUCUCUUGUCCUGCUGAGUGCCAGAAGAGGAAGCCCAAGAACAACAAGAAGGCCAAGGGCUGUUUCAUUGACUGCAGCAGCAAAUGUGAAGCCACUUGCAAGUUUAGGAAAUCCAAAUGUGAUGGCUAUGGUGCUUUAUGUUAUGAUCCUCGCUUUGUUGGUGGUGAUGGUGUGAUGUUCUACUUCCACGGCGCCAAAGGAGGAAACUUUGCCAUUGCUUCUGAUGAUGAGUUCCAGAUCAAUGCUCACUUCAUCGGUACCCGACCAGAGGGAAGGACUCGUGACUACACAUGGGUGCAGGCACUUUCUGUCAUGUUUGACACACACACUCUUGUCAUUGCUGCUAAUAGAGUAUCUAAAUGGGAUGACAAUGUUGACUCUCUCAUAGUGAAGUGGGAUGGUGAAGAAAUUUCAGUACCUACUGAUGGAGAAGCAGAGUGGAGGGCUAAUGGUGAUGAAAGAGAAGUGGUAGUUGAGAGAACAGAUGAGACCAACAAUGUGAGAGUUACAGUUUCAGGUUUGCUUGAAAUGGACAUCAGGGUGAGGCCUAUUGGAGAGAAGGAAAACAAGGUUCACAAUUACCAGUUGCCAUCAGAUGAUGCUUUUGCUCAUUUGGAGACACAGUUCAGGUUUAAGAAACACACUGAUUCUAUUGAAGGAAUCUUGGGUCAGACUUAUAGGCCAGGCUAUGUUAGCCCUGUCAAGAGAGGGGUUCCUAUGCCAAUGAUGGGAGGAGAAGACAAGUACCAGACACCAACUCUCUAUUCAACAACCUGCAAACACUGCAGGUUCGAGAGGCCAUCUGGAUCUGCUAGCACUGAAGGAAUCAUUGCUCAAUAUUGAUACCAAUACCAUGAAUCAUGAAAAAAAAUAAGACAAUCUUCAUGAUCAUAUUGUUAAAAUCUUGUAAUUUGUUUUCUGUUUGUGUCAAGACAAAUAAGGGCUUAACUUGUUGCCCAUGAUCAUUGUUUUCGUAAAAAGUUGUGGCGAUUAAUGUGUACUAAGAUAUGAAGAAUCAUUUUUUUCCUAAAUUCAAUUUGUCCAACCAGGGGGACAUAAUGAUUGACCCCUGGGUUCUUUGUAAAGUUAAAAAGUGUUGAGUAAAUUCUUUUGUCUGAUAUCACAA